UGCAGGCUGGCAAAACAUUUACAAAAAUCGAGUGCCUCAGGUGGCAAGCUAGGCUGCAUAGGACUACGAGUACAACUUGAGACUUUGAUAUCUCAUCAACUCUUCACAUUAAAACAAAUCUCCUCACUACCUACUCACUUUGAAGUCAUCAAUUCAGAAUGGAAGAACCAUCUAAAUUCGCAAUCCACGAAGCAGCCAGAGAUGGCAGAACAAGUGUUGUUGAAUCACUGUUAGCUGCAAAUCCUAAGCUCGGCGAAAGAAGAGACGAUGAUGAGCGUUUGCCGAUUCAUUGGGCAGUUUCGUAUGGCCACUUAGAUAUCGCUAUCCUGCUAGCCAACCUCAAGAACUUUGAUCCUGAUAUUCAAGAUGGCUCUGGCUGGACACCAUUGAUGAUAGCCGCAAGCUUAAAGGAAGGUGAAGAUCUAGUCAACCUCUUCCUCCGCAAGGAAGCAGAUGUCAAUGCCAAGAACUUCAGUGGCCAAACAGUCCUCCAUUUCGUAGCCUCAAAAAAGAACAUCGACCUUGCCCGCCGCCUCUUAGACAACAAACCACCAGCCAGCGCUCGGGUCAAAGACAAACGAGGCCAAUACGCCAUCCACCGAGCCGCUGCCGUGGGAUCGGUUCCAAUGGUAGAGCUAUUAUUAAAGAACAAGAGUCCACUAAACGCUACCGAUAUAGCUGGUCAAACACCUCUACAUCACGCUGUUGCCGAGGGUCACGGCAAGUCUCUCUCUGCCUCAAGCUCCUUCUAGUACUGACUUUCAACAGGAGACACAGCAGUAGCACUCCUAAAAGCCGGCGCAGAGACAGACAAGAAAGACGUAGACGGUUGCCUACCAAUCGACCUCGCACCAGAUUCCGCAGUCCGAAAAUAUAUCGCC